CAGCAGUGCUUCUUUUAGCUCCUGCAAGUCUUCUGAGCUGCUGGGAAUUCAUAAGCAUGUGAAAUUCACCACAGCUCUCUUUCAGGAUAUUAACAAAGCCUGCCUUCAUAAAUGCUGGACCCUGGGGAAUCUUCUUGAGCAAUUCUACAGAAUAGAUUUGCACUUCUUUGUUGCUCUGUUAUUAUAGGAGACUAUGGAUUGAAAUGGUGAAAUGCUCCGUGAGACAGUGUGGCGAGUUUGGAUCUGUUGGAUAUUGAUGAGUUUUGGGCCUCACUGGGGAGUUCAGAGUGCAGGUGCACAUAGCUGCCACGAAGUUAAAACAGCUUUCCAACUGCGGCAGAUUGGCCCUUUAAAAUGGGUCCCAGAAACAGCAGCAACAGAUGCAGACCUCCAAAUCUGCGAACACAAGGGUCCGACCUGCUGCACACGCAAAAUGGAGGAGAGCUACCACAAUGCGGCACGCAGAGACACAACGCAGAACAUUCUCUCCUACAGCCUUGAGCUAAAGUACCUCAUUAUAAACCAUGCUGCAGCCAUCCAGGACACCUUCCAUUCCCUGCUGUCUUUCACGCUGAACCACACUCUCUCACUCCUCGACCUUGCCUACGAACCAAUUGCUGCUGAGUCCCGUCCCUUAGUUUCCGCCCUCUUCUCGGACCUCGCCCUCUACCUGCGUGGCAAUGAUGAUGUCUCUGUCGUCCGCUCUGUGCGGCAUUUUUUCGAUGAACUAUUCCCACUGGUCUAUCGGCAUCUUGUGAACCCAGGACUGGCAUCCUCCACCUGGUCAGCAGAGGGCACAGAAUGCCUCCGGGCCACAAGGCAAGACCUCAACCCAUUUGGUCCUCACCCGCAGGCACUGGCACAUGGGCUAGCUCGAGUAUUAGGGGUUGGUCGAUCACUCAUGCAGGCGCUAACGGUGGGUGUUGAGGUUGUGAAUGCCUCAGAAUCAGCAGGCAUGGCAAAAGAUUGUGGAAGGGCCAUAGUGAGGAUGCAGUUCUGCUCACACUGUAAGGGUCUCACACUGAUCCGACCAUGUCAGGGGCUAUGCCUGAAUGUGAUGAGGGGUUGUCUGGCGGGAAUGGCGGAGCUACAGGGGCCAUGGAGCCGCUACAUUGCUCUCCUGGAGGGCACAAGUGCAGCACUGGCUGGAGGGCAUGAGCUAGAGCUAACUCUUCUGGGCAUACGCGAGAGGAUCAACGAUGCCAUCCUGAGUGCCCAGCUGAAUGGACCACAUCUCAGUGCCAUUGUGGAAAAGGUAUGUGGUCCUCUCACUGAAUCUGCCUCGUCCACUCAAAAAGGUCCAACACAGCAGAGUCCAACUUCAUCGAGUCCUACAGUCUUGGACCAGAGUUCGACUGUGGAAUCAGUCUCCUCUAUCUCGUCCGUGAGCCCUACAGUACAGGACAAGUCUAAUGAUCACAGAGAUGGCCAUGUUACUCUGAAGAAAAGAUCCUUGCCUCUAAAACCUUCCAAGCAUGACAAGCCCAGAAGCUUGAAGAAGCUCUCUAAGGAGUUUGUGAGCUACAUUCAGCGCUACAAGUCCUUCUUCUCCAUGUUGCCAGAGGUGCUCUGUGAUGCAGAGAUGGUGCUGGAUGAAUACACCUGCUGGAAUGGGAAGGACGUGGUGGAGAGUUACACAGGUUCUGUAGUUGGGAAUGGCCUCCAGGCCCAAAGACAAAACCCUGAGAUUAAGGUCAGAGGUGUGGACCCGGUGUUAGUCGAGGCCAAAGAGAGACUGGAGAGAUUUAAUCAGGAUAUGUGGGCUGAAACGGGACUGGAUGAUGAAUGGCAUGAGCCCUUGCAUGUAGACAGCGGCAGUGGAACUGAAACCAGCGGUGAAUGUGAUGACGAAGAUGGAUGUGAAGGUUCAGGAGAGCAUGAAGAGGAAACAGGUCAUGUCAUCCCCUCCUUCUCAAAUCCCUCUGUGAUAAAAGGUUCAGGAGGUUCAUACAGUACACGCUCCUCCUCGCUCUUGCUCUCUCUGGCUCUCUCCUUCCUCCUACUGUCUUUCCUGCACUCCAUCUAAAGGCCCGAGGACUCAACGGAGACCUGAAGUAUGCACUUGCACUGGACACUUAGUCUACAUGUUGAUUCGACCUGCUCCAUCCUGCGUAGCUGCUGUCCACACUAAACCCUCCAGCUACUGAGAAAGUGCCUUGUUUUUGAUUUAGUUUGUGUUAUAAAUUAAAGUGUUGCACAUGAGCUUGUGUGCUGUUCCCUGCUUUGUAGAAUCUGAGUGGCAGCUUAUAGUCAGUUUCAAUUUUGUGUCUAAAUCAUCACACACCCCGAGAUGCUGAGGUACUUUCUGACACAAUAUACAACAGUGCUGAAUUCUCAAUUCUCAAAGUCAUUGAUUAAUUUUCUAUACCAGCGGCUCUGACAGUAGUGCAGCUGCAAAUUACAGGUUUCUAUUAAAGCACUUAUUCUAAUGUUAUCGUUUCUAUAGUAACAGCUUACACAGAAAGGUGGACUGCUCCAUAUAAUAUGGAUAAAAACAAACAUAAUAAUUGAUAUGGUGUACUUUUCCAUGAAGAGAAAGUAAUGCGUUUUUGCCACAUUGCUGGUGAGGUUUAUAGCUGCUAUAGCAAGUGUUUAGAUGAAAGUUAUGUAAAUUAUCAUGGACAUUGCACAACAUUAAUUGUGACUAUAAAUGGAUGAAGUGUGGAUGAAGUGACAAAUUACUGUGGUAUAAGAGAAAUAAAAACUCUUUAGGAUGUGCUGUUAUGGGAAAAUUCAGUAUAAACAGUAUGGGGGGAACAGUAGCUGACAACAGCUGCAGCUUCUUCUUAAAGAUUAAAGCUGGAGUUAAACAUUAGACAUGAUUUAGAUAAUAUAGUUUCAGUCUGAUUUGUACAAUCUAAACUGACUCAUUCUUAUACUGCUUUAAAAAAAAUAAUAAAAUGAUAGGACUGAGCUAGAUGAUGUCUUUUUGAGUUGAAUGUGUGAUGAUUUAGGCAUCGCUUCUUUAAUUGUUAGCUAAAUUAACCUUGUUGUUUAGAGAAAGUAAAGAAGAGAACUUGAGACUCAGACAUGUUCAACAUUACAUUUAGGAUAACUGGAGAAAAUGGAUAAUCUGUAAAUGUAAUUUUUGCCCAAACUGUUUGUUUAAAGAAAAUUGCUGCUGUUUGAAUUAAAACUCACCUUCACAACCUCACCUCACCUCACAGUAUUGUCAUGUGGAAAGAUGUUUGUUGAUCUGUAUGUGUAUGAAUAUAUACGUGUGACUUCUAUGACAUGUAUAUGAGCAAUGAUGCCAAUAGCAAUAUUUCAGUUCUGCUUUCAUUCAGAUUAGUAUAAUACUGGGAUAUUGAAAUUAGGUAACAUGUAAAUUAGCAUAUUUAUGUGGAAAUGUAUUUAAAAAAAGACGUACAGUAGUCUGGGUUAUACAUGGUGUGAGCAACAACUAUAGAAUUAAAUAUCAAAUUAUGUAAUUAAACUAAUUGAAAAUGUAUGUAGGCAAAACCUUAUUAUGUUUUAAUUGUCUGAAAUCUGAAGAAUCUCUGUCCUUUGUUCUAUAAAUGUGGUUUAACAUUCACUUCCUGGCAUGUAGGCUGAAGCAUGACACUAAUGUGACAGAAAUGUUUUAUGGCUCGGUCAUGUGUAAAUUGGUCACUGAUUUCAGGAAUACACACUUCGCUGUUAUUUUUUUUUUCAAUUCUGAUAUAUACUUACUCAUGUACUUACUCAUUCAGUGAAAAAUAUGCUACGACUGUGCAAGGUUCCCAUCAGUGAGAGAAGCAGAUAUAAAAGUCAAGGCUGUUUUGUUUAUAAAUAAUGCAAAUAUCUGUUUAUCAACUUCACACACCUUUUCUGUCCCUGAAAUUGGAUAAUUUAAUGUACCAUGUGCUCCCAGACACAGCCAUUAAUGCUGAGGGUUUAAUUAAGUGUGUAAUUUGUAAUGGAGAUCUUCAUUAAAAUGGCAACCUGGGCAUCUGCAUUUCCUAAUAUUUGAGCCACAGGAAAGCACUUAUUCCUGUUGCUAAAUUAUUAGGAAAACAAUCACCGGACACCACACACACACAUACACAUAUAUUCACACCUAGGGGCAGUUUAAUUUAAACCAAUUCAUCUAGUGCCACAGAAACUCAGGUUUCUGUCUAUGUGAGGUUUUAUAUGUUCCCUGUGUGUCUGCGUGGGUUUUGUCUGGUUUCUCCAGUUUCCUCACACCUUCAGAAAACAUGCUGGUAUGUGAACUGCCAACUCUAAAUUGCCCAUAGGUGUGAAUGUGUAUGUGGUGCCCUAUGAUUGGCACAACACCCCAGUGUAUUCCUGCCUCACAUCAAGUGUUACUGGAAUUGUCUCAAUAGCUCAAGAAUUGCAGCAGCUUAAUAAUCAAAUAUUAUAUAUUUGAUCA